CGUUACCUUUUCUAACAUAUCUUUGUAAUAAAAGACUAAAGCCAUCAAUACACUGCGUUCAAUAGUAGAAAAAAUAGCAUAGAUAGUGCGGAUGUUGAGUAAAUAAAAUGAUCGCUGUAUUGACGGCAUGUUUGUUUUUGUAAUCCUUGUGCGCGCUCUGAAUUGCAUCAGCAAAAGCGCGCGCGAAAACUGUGUUCGGCCACCUUAACAGAGUAGAGUAAGCCCUCAAUCCCGGAUUAUUUGGAACUCUUCUUUACCGGUCCCCUUGCUCAUUUGCCUUCUCCUUGGGGUAAUUAUCAAUUUGCCCUCUUUGUUUACUUAUAAGCCUUUCCCAUGGGCCCCCAAACCACCACCACUUCCAAUCAACCGCCAUGAUUUAAAGGUGUCAUUAAUCUUGGACUUUGCUGAUGUGUUUUGAAGUUUUGAACAACCGGGCCGGAGUAUGAAAGCUAUGAAAUCUCUCUCUCUCUCUUCUUGUCAGAUCUAUCAUGUAACCUGGUGGGAAUGAAUGAUUCAAGAAAAGAUGAAAUAGGAGACGCUGAUCUGGAGCAUGAAGCUCGUUUUCCUUUGCGACAAAGAUCACGUUUAGUUUUUGCUGCGUGGCGGACGUAAAACGGAAGAGGAGGCGAGUAAUUAUGGGGGAUUGGAGAGAGACAGGGCCAGUGUGAGAGCCCGCGAUAUUCAUAUCGGCCAGUGGUAAAACAAACAAAAACAAAAUGGCGGCCGGUUUUAGCGGAGCUCUCCAGUUGACAGAUUUAGACGAUUUUAUCACUCCUUCACAAGAAUGUAUCAAGCCAGUGAAGGUGGAGAAAAAGCCAGGCCAGUUAGCAAAAAUUAAGAUUGAAGAUGAUGGAAGUUAUGUUCAGCUGUCUGAGGGUGGAGAGAGGACCAAACUUCAAAGAGCACAGAUAACACUAAAUGACUGCCUGGCUUGUAGUGGUUGUAUAACAUCGGCAGAAAGUGUCCUGAUAACACAACAGAGUCAAGACGAGUUGUACAAGAUUAUAGAAAACAACCACAAACUUGCCAAGGAAGGAAAAUCUUAUGGGCAGAAAGUGAUUGUAGUCUCAGUUUCCCCACAGUCACGAGCUUCAGUUGCAGCAAAGUUCAGAUUAGAUGUUACAGAAACUGCCAAAAAGUUGACAACAUUUUUUAAAGAUUUAGGAGUUCACCAUGUUUUUGACACUACCUUUUCUAGAGAUUUUAGUCUUGUAGAGAGUCAGAGAGAGUUUGUUCGGAGAUUGAAGAGUCAACAAUCAGGGGAGAAGGAAGUCAUCCCUAUGUUGGCAUCUGCUUGUCCAGGUUGGGUAUGUUAUGCUGAAAAGACUCAUGGUAGCUACAUUUUACCUUACAUCAGCACAACAAAAUCUCCCCAGCAAAUCAUGGGCUCUUUAGUGAAGAACUACUUUGGGGCAUCACUAGGGAAAAGACCAGAUGAUAUUUACCAUGUGACGAUUAUGCCAUGUUACGAUAAGAAGCUUGAAGCCUCCAGAGAGGACUUCUAUAACGACAUAUAUCGCACAAGAGAUGUGGACUGUGUUAUAUCUACAAUUGAACUGGAAAAGAUGUUUGAGGAAAAAGGUGUGCAGUUCAGCGAGCUUGAGAAUGCAGACCUGGAUCAGUUGUUCUCAAGUGUUGAUGGAAGUGAACUUGUCAGCCAUUCUGGAGGUGGCUCGGGAGGCUACCUGGAACAUAUCUUCACAUUCGCUGCUAAAGAGUUAUUUGGCCAGGAUGUAGACAACAUAACUUACAAGACGCUCAGAAACAAAGACUUCAAAGAAGUUACCUUACAGGUGGACGGAAAAGAAGCCCUUAAAUUCGCGGCAGCUUAUGGUUUUAGAAAUAUUCAGAAUCUGGUUCAGAAAAUAAAGCGUGGCAAGUCCCCGUAUCAUUUUGUUGAGGUCAUGGCGUGCCCGUCAGGCUGUCUCAACGGAGGUGGUCAGAUAAGGCCUGGUGACGGGGAAACUUCAAAGGAGCUAAUAAGUCGACUAGAUGAACUGUACAACUCGCUCAGAUCACGAAAGCCAAGUGAAAAUCCAGCGAUGGUGAAGUUAUACAAAGAGUGGCUGGACGGUGAAUCCUCUGAAAAGGCUAAAGAGAUGCUUCACACAAAAUACCACGAGGUUGAAAAGCUGAACACAGCGCUGAAUAUAAAAUGGUGACAAGGAAGAUUCUCGACGUGUUCCCCAUGCCCCAGCGGAAAUGUCACAAGGGAUCAUGCGCAGCCAGGAACGCUUAUGUGUUCUGGUAUAACCAGUCAGAAGAACAACUACCUGAUUUUCACCGGGACGCCGAGCCCCUUUCUCAGCCCGCCGCUGUCGUGAGGAACAGUGAUGACGUGAACUCGUACGACAGGCUGACGAGUUCACUUUUUUC